UUAAGCCUCUCAGUCACCUCCCUGUUGAAUUAGCCAGUGGAGUUGCUCUGUUACACUGUUUACUCCGCAGAACAAUUAAAUAAUAAUCAUAGCAUAUACGCAUUUAGUAGAAAAGAACAGAGUGAAAUGAGAGCUGUUCUGCUGCUUCUCUACAUCUCUACCUCAGUCCCUGUUAUCAGAGGCACGCUUUCAAAAACAGAUGGCAUAAAACUCAACAAAGGGCAGGAAGCUGAGACCGCUGUCGCGGAGCAGCCGGUACAGAAGCGGGGUUUGGUAGUGACGGCUCCCCAGUGGAGGGAUGUGGUGAAAGAAGAGAAAAGAUUUUGCCUUCAGGCCAUAUCAACACGUUACUUUCAGGGAGCAGUGCUGGGUUACGUCACACCGUGGAACUCCCAUGGGUAUGACAUUGCAAAGGUUUUCGGGCCCAAGCUGACCUCUGUGUCCCCGGUGUGGCUCCAGCUCAGACGCAAAGGACCAGAAAGCUUUCAUAUCGCUGGCCUGCAUGACAAUGACCAGGGUUGGGUCAAGGCUGUGAAGAAAUCAAACAAAAAAAAUAAAAUACUACCUCGGCUAUUAUUUGAUGGCUGGUCUUAUCAGGACUACAUGAGUGUCUUGGACAGUGAGGAUGAGAUCGAAGAGAUUGGUCGAGAAAUCGUUGAGAUGGCAAAGGCUGAAGGUUUUGAUGGCUAUACUCUGGAACUGUGGAGUCAGCUGGGAGGAAACAAGAGAAAGGAGCUGAUCCACUUGGUUACACACCUGUGCAAAUACCUGAAGGCUGGGAAGCUUACCUGCAUUCUUGUCAUCCCUCCUGCAAUCAUUCCUGGGUCAAACCAACCAGGCAUGUUUGGAAGGGAAGACUUUGAAAAACUGGCUCCUGUUGUUGAUGCUUUCAGUUUGAUGACUUACGACUAUUCCAGUCCGGGCAGACCAGGCCCCAGUUCUCCACUGCCCUGGAUGCGGGAUUGUGUGCUGCAGAUUGCACCACAGAGCCAGUGGAGAUACAAGAUCCUGCUGGGCCUCAACCUGUACGGCCUUGACUUCACCAUCAAUGGGGGAGCUGUGCCCCUGCUGGGGGAUGGGUACAUCAAGCUUCUGAAGGAAACCAAACCAAAGCUUGUUUGGGAUGAGCAUGCAGGAGAACACUAUUUUAAUUACAAAAGAAGUUCAAUGAAGCAUAAAGUCUAUUAUCCAACUCUGCAGUCUCUACAGCUACGAAUUGCACUGGCAACUGAACUGGGUACAGGACUCUCUAUGUGGGAACUUGGACAAGGCUUGGACUAUUUCUAUGACCUUUUGUGAACCGGACUGAGACACACACUCAAAUUCCUUCUUCCAAAAACUGAUGGGAUAUGGUACAUUAUGACAAUGCCACUGCUGAGCAUGCCAAUAAAAAUAUUUUUUAUUA